UGUAAUGGCGGAUUGUGUGUAUCAAAUGUCAACCAAUGUCAACACAAAAAUAUAAUAAUUAAAAACACUGAAAAUAUGUACAAAAGUUUAAUUAAAUUUAACUUUAUUUAAAAUCAAAUAAUUACGCUAAAAUAACUUAAAUUAUCAAGAAAAAAAAAAUGACAUUUUCAAUUUUAAAAAAACGAAAAUCUCGUAAAAAGUUUAAUUAGUAAACAUAUCACUUAAAAUCAGGGGAAAGUGUGCUAAUAGCUUAAUUGUUUUUAUUGAGAUAUGACGUUGCAUGAUUUGAUUAAACAUAUGUCAACAAUAAAAGAGGAUGAAAUGUAUCGUGUAAUGAUCACUGGUUAUCGACUUGUCACACAUGGCAAAUCAUAUUACGUUUAUUCAAUUCAAGUUACUGAGCCAAACAGUGGCAUUUUAUAUGUCAUUGAACGAAGAUACAGUGAAUUUAAUUCAUUACAUCGUAAGCUGAAAAAAAAGGAAACCAAUAUUGCUCCAUUUCCACCAAAAAAAUUGAGAAAUUCACAACUACAAGUUUUAGAACAAAGACGUGCUGCACUUGAAUUAUAUUUACAAAAAAUGCUACAAUUAUCAACGACAAAACAACAAGUACUUGAAUUUUUAGGUAUAACAGGAAAAAAAAAAACCAGUGAAAUGAUAAAUUCAAAUAGAAUGAACGAGAUUAAUGAAAAUAAUUCAAAUGUUGAAAUUGGUCAUUAUCCAAUUGUAACAUUCACUUGUGAUCCAUAUUUAACAACUAAAAAACGCACAAGUCUUCCUGACAUUGUAACACAAGGAGUACUUUUAGGUAUUUACAAAACAAAUAAUUUUUAACGUAUAAUGAUUUUUUUAUAUCUUCCUACUGACUGUGAUGAUGAUUGAUUAAAAAACAGAACAAAAAAAAUAAGUCAAUUGUUUUUCUUUUUAUUGUUUUUACAAAUUUUAUUAGAAAAAUUUUAGAUAAAAAUAAAAUACUGAUUUUAUUGUUUUUACAAGUUUUAUUAUAAAAAUUUUUAAUAAAAGUAAUUACUGAUAAUUUUAAAAAUUU